AUGGACGGGCACGACACGUCAACUUCUGCUCCUCGAAACCGCGUCCAUACCAGCUCUUCUACCGUUGUUGCACCUCCUCAUGAUCUCCCACAUUGCCGCGUCUCCCCCAUUGAGUACCACUAUGAUCGUGUCACGGAUGUGGAACUCCCACGAGCUUUACGUCCGCAUUCUCACCAGGUCCGCAGAGCGACGACGGUCGACGUCAACAACGACCUGACAGGUCGCCCGCAACUCCGCAAGAAGCCAAAAUUAACAUCCAGCAGCACCGAGCCAAAGCCACAGUAUCAUCUCUAUUCGCUCGACCCUGGCAUGACCACAUCAGUCGAGACAUCGAAACUCUCUACCGUCCCUUCCCUUCACCUCUCCUACGAAGGCGUCGAUCAGAACCACCACCAACCUCCCUCCAGCAGCGGGGUCGGCCAACAGCCUCCCCCUUUACAGCGCAUCAACUCGCAUUCGCUGCAGCGAUCUCCGUCCCAGAAAAGACCGCCCGCGUCGCAUAGUAGUUACGGUGUCGAGACGAUUUGUGGACCACCUCCCUCAUACAGUACACAGCGAACCCUAUCGCAGGACAGGAUUCGAACCCUGGAUCGAAAUACAGGGUCGAGAGCCAUCAACGCAACGCCUCGAGACUUGUCCCCUGCCAAACCCGAUGAAUCUUUGACAGAACCUGAACUUUCGCAGCCACCAUCACAACUCUCGCCCGUGCGGCAAGACAACGCGGCGCUUUCAAGUACAGAUUCUUUGACUGGCGAGGCGAACACACGAGAGGAGUCAAGCCCGGAGACUGCAGACACGCGUAGUCUGCUUACUCCCGACUCGGUGAUGAGUAAAACUGAGGGAACAGCGGCUGAGGCUUCGGAAGCCGAGCAGCGUGGAAUCCCAGAUCUCGAGAGGUUACAACCAACAUCUACGGACGAGGAUAGUAAAGGAUCGAGCAGCGAUGAGAAAAAAAGUGAAGACUUGUUUUUGAAUAUAGCAAAGGCGGACGCGUCCCGGGAAGAGCAAGUAUUGUCCAGGGCAGACAAACGACGGUCCAGAAUCUCACUGCCCUUCUUUACGAGUACGCGACAGUCGACAGGGUACAAAUCCUCCCCGGUCCUCGAGAGAUUUGAUAACGCCAGUGUAUCGGGUCGAUCAGAGGCUCUGAAUCACUACAAGAGGUCCUCGCUUGGGCAGCAUGUACCGGGAGCUCUGUCACGGUCAUACGCGCAAGGAAAUCCCGUUCGCGACGACGGCUUCGAGGUUCAGCAACAGACAUACAGCGCGAAUCCUCGCAAUGUUCCUAACCGGCCCCUUGCGAGGCGAUACUCAAACACAAAUACCAACACAAAUACUGAUUCUGGACGCCACGUUUCUCGUCCGAGUACGGCCCGGAUCAGUCGGCUGGUGUCAGACUCCACGUUUGCGGAUUGCUCCAAGCCGGUAGACCAUAACGCAACGGAGUCAACGAUAUCCACCACCGCCCCUUCAACCGUAUGGGAUGAGCUGGAUGAUCUGAAAUCGAGGAUUCGGAAACUGGAGCUGACUGGGAAGCUUCCCCCUUCCUCCGCCGCGGCGAUGAACAACGCCGAGCGGCCCAAGACGGCAACAACGGCUGCGACCACCAUGUCCUCCUCCCCCAAACAAAAGGGGGCUGUGACGCAGUUGCAAUCAGCGAUUGAAGGGAUCCCAUCCACGAUCCACCCGAACCUCCACGAGGCUCUCGGGAACGCCAAAGCGGUCGUUAGCAAUGACGUGUAUCAACGAUUGCAGGCCACCGCACAGGAUGCUCUCCAAUUGUCGAUGAUGAUGAAUCCCGACGGAUAUUCCGGUGGCGCAAGCACCGUUGGCUUGUCCUCGGUCUCGGAACGCCAGAUCCGUCGAAGAACGGAGAGCAUGUGUCGAAGCCUGACCGAGCUGGCGAUAGCGAUUUUGGCUGAUAGCAAGUCAGCGCAGCAACCGACUACAAGACCGGGCAGUCGAGAUGCAUAUCAGGCCACAGUCACGGGCCUUCGCGGACGUGGGUACAGCAAUGAACCCACCGAACGCCCUCCUGUCGCUUCGAGGGUCCAAUCUCGCCUUGAAAGUCGACGAACCAGUGUACCAUCCGCUGCCACGAUGAACGCUCCAGCGAGUAGCCCGGAAAGCGUUUUUCACACGCCUCCGACAGCAUUGCCCCAGAUACCGAUCAGCUCAUCCCGAGCUGGGCGCACCUCGUCUCUAUUACGCAGCAGAAGAACCGGACAUCUUGAUGCAAACACAGACGACGAGGAAAGCAGUCCUUCUGUGCGGCCUGUGAGUCGCGCUAUGACCGAGGUGGGAACCUAUCGGCAGAUGGCUCGGAAUCGAGCAGGAUAUUCCAGAGAAUAUACCGCCCAACAUCCAAUGCCCUCGCCAGCCGAGUCGACCAGUAUGCAGAUGCGGAGCUCGAUGCCCACCAAUCUCAGCACCAACCUAGUGUCAAGACGCAAGUACGCGUCUCCUGGAAGCAGUCUCGGAAUGCAAGAACAGCCGCCCCUUACACCAAAGGAAGCAUGGGGUCGAAUAUCAAUCGUCCCGGGUGUGGCAUCGAGUCCAAUUGAAGCAACGCCGGAUAAUCAGGUUGGUCUUCGGGCAAUGAACUCCACCAGCAGGAGAAGUCUUGGGUUUGCGAGCAGAAUCUCCAGCGUCAGCAGUCGGCUGCGAGCAGCCAAGGCCGAGAGAAGUGGCAGUGUGCGAGACUCCAGCGAGGCUCGAAGCACGCGAGAGAUGAUUGCACCAUCAGGAUCGGAAUCGAACAAUACGAUGACGACGACGACAUUGUUGUUGGAAAGACAGAAUUCUAGUCAGAGUCAGAGCGUUGGAGGGAGUUGA